AUGAAUGAGGAUUGGCCUCACGUCAUCUCGGGUUCGAGCCUGUACCAGAAGAUGUUCGGCGUCGCCGUGCUGAACAAAUUCAAGGAGUUGCUGACGGAUGAGGUUGAGGCACAAUUCAGCAAAGUGCUGGGCAGUCUCGAGACAACCCAGCUGACCCCGCCGCCAUUAUUCGAGAAACGGGCCGCAAAUCAUUACGACACGAUUCUGGCGACCGGACUUUCGAAGCAGUUGCAAAAAACCGUCCUCACUUUCCUACACUCUGUUCAUGCCCUCCGUGAUCUUUGUCUACAGUAUGAAAAGUAUGGUCUCGAAGGCGAAGCAUCGAGCAGCAAGGUGGCAUUGGCGAACUGUCUGGCCUCCCGCUUGAUGAGUCUCCCGAAUCACGCUGACAUCCGAGGGCUAACGCUGGCACGUAUCGCCCUCGCCUUUCUCCAAGUCGAUCCGACGUCCAUUUGCGGCUCUCUCAACAGAGACCCAGCGCUGAUCCAAAAGUGCUCGAAGGCGCUGAAUUCGGCUGCUGAACAGGGCUUGACAGCCCACGUGGAGAAGAUGGCGCAGGAUUUGCUGACUGAUGAAGCCUUCAGAGCUUACUUAGCCACUCUAAGCGACCCGCUGGCUUCGUUGGAAAUUUGUUCGGAAUGGGAACAAAUGGAAGUACCCGAAAUUGGUACUCUCGGCGUACCGAUUGCCCCGUCGCUACGCACCAUCCCGGCGGCGUUCGAGUCGCGAAUCGACCCGUUCGAGCUGGCCGUCUUGGCUCAACCGCUUGCAAAUAAUGUGCGACAGGCGACGCUUCGGGCGCAGUUGCUAUGGUCGGGGUUAGCGGCCGACAUUAUGCCGAUCAAGGAGUCGACGGUCAGCUCCUCUUUCAUGGCGGUCACUGACCUGUUGCCCCGGCCGUCUGAACAUCCCCAGCGUAUCCCGGCCAUCCCGCGACUCGAUAGAUCGAUUGGCGAAAAUGGCUUGAAAAAGAUGCGGUCACGGGACGUGCGGACGAACAAGCUGCUGGCCGGAACAGAUGGCAGGGGCAAAGGCAGCGCCCCGUCCCUCACCUCAAUGUACGAGAAGGUGACUGGUUUCACCGGCGGCUGGUUCGGCAAU